UCCGGGUUCUUACCGGAGUCUAUUUCUCCGCUUCCUCCUUCCCCUCCUCCCCUCGGUAGUGUCACGGCAUCGCUGCUCCCGGGUGUCCUUCCUGCUCUGCUGCUGGGUGGGAGCAGCGGAGGAAUCGGUAACAGCCAGCCGAGAAGAGUCCCGUUCGGAGUGAGGCUGGUCGUUGCUGAGUGAGGAUGUGGGAUGCUGGCUGUGUCCAGACACACCGACACCCUUCAAAGGCGCUCUUGAAGGCAGCAGUGAUCCCGGGACGUCUGCUCCCCGCCCGUUUGUAUAAAUAUGGAAAGAGCAAGCAACUAUUAUGAUGGGAGAUGCUUCGAAAUCCUGCUUUGUGAGGCAUAAUAAAGAGCGGGGAAUUUUAAAUGACGAUGAUUUCCAGAAAGGUGCUUUAAGUCACGAUUACCAAGUAAUGGAUGACUAUGGAAAUGGACAUGGACACAGCAAGACAGACACAGGUCUUGAGAAGAGAAAAGGAGCACUAGGUCACUAUGGAACAAGUCCUAGACGGGGAGCACAUGGUUCUUUGAGUAGUCCAAAUUCUUCUAAAAACAUUGCUUACAGCCAAGGGACAAAAAUAAGUGAUGCCUCCAAAGACCAAAUUAAGAAAUGGGUAUCUGACAACCAUUGUACUACUUUAGACAGCUGGCGAGAGUACAAAUCUACAGCCCGGAUUCCUGUGCUUAUCAGGACAAGGAAGGAUUCUUCUCAUGAAUGUGAAAGCCUAGGAAGCAGAAAUGUAAGGAGACAGCUUCAGAAAGACAUGACAAAUGAAGAUUUGUUGGAUAGGAAAGGACAUUCUGAAAUGAAGAAACAUAGGAAGCCAAGGCGAUCAAGAAGGAUGAGAAAAGAAGAUAAUGACCAAGAAGAUGAUAUGGAUGGACCUGUUAUAGAUGAGUCUUUGCUGACAGAAAAAGAACUGCUAGGGUUGCAGCAGGCUGAAGAACGGCUUAAGCGAGACUGCAUUUAUCGGCUGAGGAAGCGACUUCGAAGCUACCCAACUGCCAAAUAUACUUGCAAAUUAUGUGAUGCUUUGAUUGAGUCAGUGGCAUUUGCUCAUAAGCAUAUAAAAGAAAAAAGACACAAGAAAAACAUAAAGGAAAAACAAGAAGAGCAACUACUGACUGCCCUACCUCCACCAGAACCUUUGCAGAUCCAAGCGAUUGGUGUUGCUAUUGAGAGAGUAGUGCAAGAGUUUGGUUUAAACAAUGAAGACUUGGAACAAAGGCUUGGUAUUAAAAUGGUCAUGGAAAAUGUAUUGCAUCCAAAAUUGCCAGAUUGCUCGCUAAGACUGUAUGGCUCUUCCUAUAGCAGAUUUGGAUUCAAAAAUUCUGAUGUAAACCUAGAUAUUCAGUUCCCAGCCAAUAUGUCCCAACCAGAUGUUCUGUUACUUGUACAAGAAAGCCUGAUGAACAGUGAAUUUUUUAUUGAUAUUGAUGCCGAUUUCCAUGCUAGAGUGCCUGUGGUAGUGUGCAAAGAAAAACAAAGUGGCCUUGUUUGCAGAGUAAGUGCAGGGAAUGAAAAUGCUUGCCUGACAACUAAUCAUUUGGCUACACUAGGAAAACUUGAACCUCCUCUUGUAUCUCUAGUUGUUGCCUUCAGAUACUGGGCUAAGCUGUGUUGUAUGGAUCGUCCAGAGGAAGGCGGCUUACCACCUUAUGUGUUUGCUUUGAUGGUCAUUUUCUUUCUGCAACAGAGGAAGGAACCCUUUCUGCCAGUGUAUUUGGGAUCAUGGAUUGGAGGAUUUUCAUUGACUAACUUAGUAAACUUUAAUCUGAAAGAAGUUGAAAAUGACAUUGUAGUCUGGGAGCAAAAUCCUGCUGUCAGUGAUAGUUCUUCAAAAGAAACUUCUCCUAAGAGGGGCAAGGUUCCUUUAGUGUUUGAUUCAGAUCAUCAGUCUUCAGUUCCAGUUGGACAGUUCUGGGUUGAACUAUUUCGUUUUUAUGCCCUGGAAUUUAAUUUGGCUGACUUAGUCAUCAGCAUACGCCUCAAAGAAAAAGUGUCUCGUGAAUCUAAGGACUGGCCUAAAAAGCGGAUUGCUGUGGAAGAUCCUUACUCAGUGAAGAGGAAUGUGGCAAGGACUCUUAAUAGUCAACUGGUAUAUGAGUAUAUCCUUCACUGCUUACGGGCAACUUACAAGUAUUUUGCCUUGCCCCACAAACAGAGUACAAAACACAACCAAAAGAAAAGUCUGGACUCCUUAGUUCUAUUAGAGCCUGAAAAGAAUGCCUUUAGACAUGACUUCAUUGAUGUACAAAGUGCACAUAAGGAGGCAAGGCAGACAAACAGCAGUAUAACUACAAUCAAGACAAGUUCAUGUGUUCCUCAGGAUCAUACAUCUGAUCCCUCUCAGGUGUUUAGUCCCAAAAGCUUUGUGGAAGAACAGCUGGCAGAUGAGAUAGAGCAUUUAGAAAUUGCUCAUGAGGACUCAGACUGCAUCAUUGAAGAACUUAUUUCUGGUGACAAUGAGGAAUUUAAACCAAGCUGUGAAGAGACAGAGAGUGGAAAUGAAGAAGAGGAGGAGGAAGGUCAUGAGCCUGUCAAAAAAUGGCAGGAACACUUGGGUAUUCAUCAGGAUUUGGAUGAAGAUAGUGAAAGUGGAGAUCUUGCUGUUCCCACUAGCGAGCAGGAUAUUGAAACGGAUAGCAUUUCUGAUUUGGAAAGUUUUCAAAAUGCUGCAGCGACUCUUGAUGAGUUUGGCUUAGAAUGCAGUGAUGUGCUAAAUGAUAAGAUUGAUGGUGAUGAAGAGAGCACAGAAGGUACUGAUGAACUGGAUGAUCCUGUUAUCAAAUUGGAACCACAAGCUCAGGGACAGGUGUUUGAAAUGGAUAACUCUGAGGAGGGUGAUGAUGAAGAAGAAGAACAGAGUAUCAUAAACAAGAGACAACAUGGUAAUGUUAUGAAUACUGAAGAUGAACUGGACAACACGUACACUGGAUCUGGUGAUGAAGAGGCUUUGUCUGAAGAGGACUUGUUCAUAUCUGUUAAAUAUGAAGACACUGAGCUCAGGAAGAAUGUAGAUGAAGUUCCAAGAGUAGAUUUGAACAAAGAAACUAUUUCUGAAAAAGGAGAGCCUUCUGAAGGCAAAAUACCCAUAGACCAAUGUAGCAAAUCUGAAUUCUUUUAUGAGUUUAAUAAAUCUGUUUUCACAAAAGGCAAGUCUCCUACAGUUGUAUGCAGCUUGUGUAAGCGAGAAGGUCACCUAAAGCGAGAUUGUCCAGAAGACUUCAAAAAAAUUGAGCUAGAUCCUUUGCCACCAUUAACACCCAAGUUUUCCAAUAUUUUGGAUCAAGUGUGCAUCCAGUGUUAUAAGGACUUUGCUCCAAAUAUUAUAGAGGACCAGGCUCGUGAAUAUAUACGGCAAAAUCUUGAAAGCUUCAUCCGCCAAGAAUUUUCAGGUACCAAAUUAAACUUGUUUGGCUCUUCAAAGAAUGGAUUUGGCUUCAAGCAAAGUGAUCUCGAUAUCUGUAUGACAGUUGAUGGUCUGGAAACUGCUGAGGGACUUGAUUGCAUAAGAAUUAUUGAAGAACUUGCAAGAGUGCUCAAGAAACAUUCAGGUCUAAGAAAUAUCUUACCCAUAACAACUGCUAAAGUGCCGAUUGUCAAAUUCUUUCAUGUUCGAAGUGGUCUUGAAGUAGACAUCAGUUUGUAUAAUACAUUGGCCCUGCAUAAUACAAGGCUUUUGUCUUGUUAUGCAGCUAUUGAUCCCAGAGUAAAAUAUCUCUGUUAUACAAUGAAAGUUUUCACAAAGAUGUGUGACAUCGGUGAUGCUUCUAGAGGUAGCCUGUCCUCCUAUGCGUAUACUCUUAUGGUACUUUAUUUCCUUCAGCAGAGAAGUCCACCUGUCAUUCCUGUUCUUCAAGAGAUCUAUAAAGAGCCAAAGAAGCCUGAAAUUCUAGUUGAUGGCUGGAAUGUCUAUUUUUUUGACAAAAUAGAUGAAUUGCCAGAAGUUUGGCCAGAAUUUGGUAAAAAUAAUGAAUCCAUUGGAGAGUUAUGGCUAGGACUUCUGAGGUUUUAUACUGAAGAAUUUGAUUUUAAAGAACAUGUUAUCUGCAUCAGGAGAAGAAAUUUGCUUACAACAUUCAAGAAGCAGUGGACAUCAAAGUACAUAGUUAUUGAAGAUCCUUUUGAUUUAAAUCAUAAUCUUGGAGCAGGAUUAUCGAGAAAAAUGACAAACUUUAUAAUGAAGGCUUUUAUAAAUGGCAGGCGGGUAUUUGGUACGCCAAUAAGGGGAUUUCCUAAAGAAUAUCCUUCGAAAAUGGAAUAUUUUUUUGACCCAGAAGUGCUGACAGAAGGAGAACUGGCCCCAAAUGACAGAUGUUGCAGAAUUUGUGGGAAAAUUGGGCAUUUCAUGAAAGACUGUCCCAUGCGGAGAAAACUGAGAAGACGGCAUGAUAAUGAAGAUCCUAGAAGCCAAAGACAUACAGAAAACAAAGAAAAAAGAAUUAAAGAGGACAGAGAGAUCCCGGUUAAAACAACAGAAAGAGAAGUUUCAUUAAAAGAUGGGAAAUUGCAGAUAUGUGCACCUAAUAAAAAACUGAGCAGGGGAACAGUGGAGGCUGGAAAAGAGAAGUCUCCAAAGCAGUCAGCAGAAAAAUGGAAACGACAGGAAGAUAGAGAUCUAAGAGAAAAGCGUUGCUUUAUUUGUGGAAGGGAAGGACACAUUAAAAAAGAGUGCCCACAACACAAAGGAGCUGCAGGAGUGUCGAAGUCUGAAAGUCCAUGUGGCUCCCCUUUAUCCAGUGCUGUUAAACACUCUAUUCGAUUAAAUCAGGGACUGCUUCUCCAGGAAGAAAAAAAGAAACAGAAAGGGAAAAUCUUCUUGAGUCCCCAAUCAGGCAGCCUUUCCAGUAAAUAUAUGACUCAGGGAAAAGCUUCACAGAAGAGGCCCCAUCAAGAUUCAUGAGACUGAAACAGUCUUCUAAGUUGCAAUACAAGGCCGUCCAUUUCCUUAAGAAUUGUUUAUUUUCUCUAUAGCCUUUGGGUUCACAAAACAGCAGCACAGUCUUCAAUUUAUGUUUAAAAAAACCAUUUAUUUUAAUUGAAUUGCUAAAGAUGAAAAAGCAAUUAAUUUUAAUGUUAAUACCGCAAAUUCCUGCUCGUAAUAGAUAUGAGCAUUUUAAUAGAAAACCAUGAUGUUUGUAUUUACUAGGUAAAACAUGUAGAUCAGGGAAGUCCCCAGCGCAAAUCCACUUCUAAGUUUCUACAUUCAGCCUGAGUGUUUGAGUGCACUUAAGUGGUGCGCAAGCCAAAUAGAGUGUCUCCUUCAAAAUAUUAUUUUUGAAGGAUAAAAAGGAUAUUUAUUAAUGAUGAACACUUAACUGAUUUCUUGUGUAAAAGUGUUUGAAAUGUUUUGGGACUGCUACUGCCGUAUUUACAAAUAUUUUAAUCUGUGGAGGUUAAAACAUGGACAUUAAGUAAACUUUUAUGUAAAAUCUCUGUGAAAAAGCAGUGCCAUUGAGUGAGUUCUUCCCUCUGUUGUUUUAAGAUAAUUGAUAUGCUGCUGUGCUUGUGUAUGGAGAGACUGAGAAGCCAGCUAGUUGUUUGCUGCUGCUAUAUUUCCCCAUUGUAUACAGCACAAAAAAAAUCAAAAUUCUUCUGUGGACACAAAUAUGUUCUGGCAGUUAAAAGAAAAUGUCUGUGUGCUUUAUUGAGAAGAAGAUCCAAGUGCUGGUCAAGGAUUACUAUUGUCACUGAGGCUUAAUGUCAACAUUUUCAAGACAUGGUACAAUAUACUCUUGCCAAGAAGAGUACCCAGGAAAAAAUUAAGCCACUGUUAUUUAUGACCUUGAAAUAAAAUAGCCAUGUGAAAACUUAA